AUGUCUGAAGUGUCACUUUACGUGGACAAGCCGAUUUGCUCUAUUACCGGAUCGAAAAAAUUGACUUAUCAGGAAUUAUUUCAAGAAUUAAAUUCUAUCGCUGUAUCUCUGGGUAUUGUAUGGAAACCUGAGCGAAUCAUGCCUGACUUUGAAGUCGGUUUAAUUCCCGCAAUAUCGACCAAGUUUCCUGAAAGUAUCCAUUCUUGUUGUUUCUUUCGUUAUCAGCACAGUCUCUAUCGUCGCAUUCAAUCUCUCGGUUUAGCAGCAGCCUAUUCAAACGAUGAAUUAGUUCGCAAUUACUGCCGCAAAUUGAUGGCCUUGGCGCUCUUACCUGUUGACAAAGUCGAAAGCUCAUUCUAUCAUUUACGUACAACAGUGGAUUCGACAGUGAAAAAACAACUUCGAGGUUUAUUUAUGUAUUUUGAUAAUUAUUGGAUUAAUACUAUACCAGUUCAGAUGUGGAACGUUCGCAAUUGUCCUUACAGAACGAAUAAUAUUUGCGAAGGCUUUCAUAGCAGACUAAAUCGACGAAUCGAACGCGCACAUAUGGUCCUUUAUCCGGUGUAUUCUGGGCGAGGAAACUAG